GGAGGCGGGGGCAAGAGACGCCUGGGGCUGGAGCUAACCGGACGGGUAGCUCCGGCUCUUCGGGGAGAGGAGCUUCCCGUCCCCGGAGAAGGGGCGAAUCCCACGCGAGUCCCCGGGAAGCGCCGUGCGCUCGAGAGGGACGAACCGGCUUCCCCUGCCCGCGGAAGGCUCGGCGCGCCGAGCUCCCCUCCUUUCCACCUCGGGAGGGAGGAAGGGAGGGAAGGAGGGGAGGGAAAGGUCCCGCGGAGGCGGCAGAAUGGCUGGUCGACGGGGGCUUAGACGCUACUUUUCCUCGGAGCUGCCUCCACUCCAGCGGCUGUCGCGAGGGCUGGCUUGAGCCGGGGCUUCCCGCUCUCCAGCUGUGAGCCAGCGCGGCCCCCCGGGGCUGGGGCAGCGGCGCCGUCAUGUCGUCCGGCACCAUGAAGUUCAAUGGCUACUUGAGGGUCCGCAUUGGCGAGGCCGUGGGGCUGCAGCCCACCCGCUGGUCCCUGCGCCACUCGCUUUUCAAGAAGGGCCACCAGCUGCUGGACCCCUACCUGACCGUGAGCGUGGACCAGGUGCGAGUGGGCCAGACCAGUACCAAGCAGAAGACCAACAAACCUACGUACAACGAGGAGUUCUGUGCCAACGUCACCGACGGCGGCCACCUCGAGCUGGCCGUCUUUCACGAGACGCCCUUAGGCUACGACCACUUCGUGGCCAACUGCACCCUGCAGUUCCAGGAGCUUCUGCGCACGACGGGCUCCUCGGACACCUUCGAGGGCUGGGUGGAUUUGGAGCCAGAGGGGAAAGUAUUUGUGGUAAUAACCUUAACAGGGAGUUUCACUGAAGCUACUCUCCAGAGAGACCGAAUCUUCAAACAUUUUACCAGGAAGCGCCAGAGGGCUAUGCGCAGGCGGGUCCACCAGAUCAACGGACACAAGUUUAUGGCCACAUACUUGAGGCAGCCCACAUACUGCUCUCACUGCAGGGAGUUCAUCUGGGGAGUGUUUGGGAAACAGGGUUAUCAAUGCCAAGUGUGCACCUGUGUCGUCCAUAAGCGCUGCCAUCACCUAAUUGUUACAGCCUGUACUUGCCAAAACAACAUUAACAAAGUGGAUUCAAAGAUUUCCGAACAGAGGUUUGGAAUCAACAUCCCACACAAAUUCAGCAUCCACAACUACAAAGUGCCAACGUUCUGUGAUCACUGUGGUUCCCUGCUCUGGGGGAUAAUGCGACAAGGACUCCAAUGUAAAAUAUGUAAAAUGAAUGUUCAUAUUCGAUGUCAAGCCAACGUAGCCCCAAACUGUGGGGUAAAUGCCGUGGAGCUAGCCAAGACCCUGGCAGGAAUGGGUCUCCAACCUGGAAACAUUUCUCCAACCUCGAAACUCGUUUCCAGAUCAACCCUAAGACGACAGGGAAAGGAAAACACCAAAGAAGGAAAUGGGAUUGGAGUUAAUUCUUCCAACCGACUUGGUAUCGACAACUUCGAAUUCAUCCGUGUGUUGGGGAAGGGGAGUUUUGGGAAGGUGAUGCUUGCCAGAAUAAAAGAAACUGGAGACCUCUACGCCGUGAAGGUGCUAAAGAAGGACGUGAUCCUCCAGGACGAUGAUGUGGAAUGUACAAUGACUGAGAAAAGGAUCCUGUCCUUGGCCCGCAACCACCCCUUCCUCACCCAGUUGUUCUGCUGCUUUCAGACCCCUGAUCGUCUGUUUUUUGUGAUGGAGUUUGUGAAUGGCGGCGACUUGAUGUUUCACAUUCAGAAGUCUCGUCGUUUUGAUGAAGCACGAGCUCGUUUCUAUGCUGCAGAAAUCAUUUCAGCUCUCAUGUUCCUACACGAGAAGGGAAUCAUCUAUAGAGAUCUGAAACUUGACAAUGUGUUGUUGGACCAUGAGGGCCACUGUAAACUGGCAGACUUCGGAAUGUGCAAGGAAGGGAUCUGUAACGGCGUCACCACAGCCACAUUUUGUGGCACACCUGACUAUAUUGCUCCAGAGAUCCUCCAGGAAAUGCUCUACGGGCCUGCGGUGGAUUGGUGGGCCAUGGGUGUGCUGCUCUAUGAGAUGCUCUGUGGCCAUGCGCCCUUUGAGGCAGAGAAUGAAGAUGACCUUUUUGAGGCCAUACUGAAUGAUGAAGUGGUCUACCCUACUUGGCUCCACGAAGAUGCCACAGGGAUCCUAAAAUCUUUCAUGACCAAGAACCCCACCAUGCGCUUGGGCAGCCUGACUCAGGGAGGUGAGCACGCCAUCUUGAGACACCCUUUCUUUAAGGAAAUCGACUGGGCCCAGCUGAACCAUCGCCAACUAGAACCACCUUUCAGACCCAGAAUCAAAUCCCGAGAAGAUGUCAGUAAUUUCGACCCCGACUUCAUAAAGGAAGAGCCAGUUUUAACCCCAAUUGAUGAGGGACAUCUUCCUAUGAUUAACCAGGAUGAGUUUAGAAACUUUUCCUAUGUGUCUCCAGAGUUGCAACCAUAGCCUUUUGGGGAAUGAGAGAGACAGUCCCAGAAUCAAAAGGGAAUAGAGAUUUUCCAGGAAUUUCCCUUUGUGGGAACUCCAAGCAUCAGCCUUAGAACAAAAAUCUUACCUUCAAGAAGCAAGCAGAGAAACUCUGUGAAGGACGGAACUUCAAGAAAUCAACUAUUUCAAGUCCUGAGGGAGCCAUGGUACUGGAAAUAGUUGAUACCAAAAUGAGAUUUCAUGAAGAAGUAUCUUGCUCAACCUAUGAGUUUUCAGAGGCUAUUUGGGGCUUGGGAGAUUAACAGGCCACAAGAAGAGACAGUGUGAAGAGUAAACCAGAUCCUAAAAAUUCUGAGCCAAACAGGCUUUUUACUUCAAGAGAUAAAUCAAGACUUUGACUCUAUGGACCCCUCUGUGCUCUUCCUUGGAGCCAAUGAACCUCCAGUACUGGCUGUCUGCAAGAGGCCAAUAAAUGCUAAUGAAGAAUUUAAAGGUCUUUUAAGAAAAGGAACGGCUUUUCAAAUAGAAAGAUCCACUCUGAAGAAACAAAAAUAGAUAUCAGUAAACCUCACAAAUCAGAUGCUGGGCAUGAAGACAACUGAUACAGCUUAUCCUCUUAUUCUUACUUUCAUUUAAUAGAUAUUUAUUGAGUGUCCAGUGAGAAGGUGCCAGAAUACCCAGUAGUAUGAACAGCGGAUCUGUGUUCAUGGGGCUUUCAUUCUAGUGUCCAUUAAUUUACCUGAAUAUUGUUGCAUUCUGUGAAAUGCCUUUCCAUGUCGCAUAUGUAGUUCUUAUUUGCCUGCACAUAACUCUUUUUCACAGAAGAAACAGGUCACUCAUCCAACAGCAAAUAUCCACAUGGUCAGCAGGCAGAGCUGGAGGCACUUGCUGCCUGCUGACCUGUGGAAUCUCAUCAUGGAACAGUGGCUCGAUAUUGCUCUGCACUCAUAAUGAAGAAUCGCAUUCCACUGAUGUCAACCAGACUCUGGCUUGUGUGUUAGCAGUUUAUUUAAAUUAUAUCUUAAGAGAAAAAGACAUUUGUUUGGUAUACCCUUUAAUAAUUAGUCGUGGAUCUUGCAGCAAGUACAUUUAUCAAAGGACCUCAUGAUAUGUAACCUUAUGUGUAUCACUGGAGAAUUUUAUCUGGCUGGAAAUAAAUGAAUUUUUUAGCAAAAGGAAA